AUGAUAACAAUGCAAGUAUUGUCGAUCUUCUCGAUGCUCGUCCUGCCCGUUCUUCUACUCGUUCAGUGCAAAUCGAAGCAGCGAAAAGAGGACAAGUCGAGGAGUUUGUCGACAUUCUCGGAUAGUUGCUCGGAUCCGGACAGAGAUUCAGCUCAAGGUAAUGUUGACGGUUUUUUUUUGCGCCGGGAAAAUUAACACCUUCAGGCACCGAAAGAAGCAACAGUAAAGGAGUGACUCCGCAGCAAAAGACGCCCGAUCUCUUGUUCCCGAUCUCAAGUACCCAUCUGGCGAGGGCCCCGCCGCCGCCCCGGCCUCCGCCAAAACCAGAGCCCGUCGUCGCGCCAAGAGCACCGGAAAAAGACGCGGCGCACAAGUCGAGACGAAAAGCGAAACCACGAAAACGCGCGUCGGACGCGAACGCCCACAAACGGACGACACUGCUGCAGAAGCUGACGAACAAGAUGGCGCGACGGAAGACGGACGGCGACGAGGCGGCGGCGGCGGAGGGAUGCUCGACGGCCAAGGAGCACGACGGCUCGAACAUUGACGAGAAGUGGCGAAAGUUGCUCGCACAGCCCGAGCUCAGCGCCAUCUCGCCCAGUGACAAGGACAACAAGUACGGGUACACACAUGUUCCGCACCAGGGGUGUGCGGAAAAUAUUUCGAUUUUCCGAAAUUUUCCGAUUUUCCGAGAAAUUUUCCGAAAAUUUUCGGCAAAAUUUUCGGAAAAUUAGUGUGGAUUCAAGGUCAAUUUGUCCGAAACCACCGUAUGCUUUUUAAAGGCGCAUCACAAAAUUUUUGGAAGGGUCUAGCAGCGAGCGUCUUUUUUCCGAAAAUUUCUCGGAAAAUUUCGGAAAAUCGAAAUAUUUUCCGCACACCCCUGAUUCUCACUGACAAUCGGAAAACACUGGACCCGGAGAGCUUCUCUCGGCUAAUUUUUUUGCAAAAAAAUAUUCCAUUGCUUGGCUUCCGCCCACUCAAGUGAUUUCAAAUCAUAAUAAGCAUUUUUUUGUAUUAGAACGUUGUUUAAACACUUUAUUGAACCAAUGAACAAGUGAGUUUUCCGAUUUUUCCGAUUUUUCCGAAAUUUUCCGAAAAAAAAAAUUCGGAAAACCCGAUUUUCCGAAAUUUUCCGAAAAAAAAAAUUCGGAAAAACCGAUUUUCCGAAAUUUUCCGCACACCCCUGUUCCGCACACAUUGGCCACUUUUCAGACGGUCCCAAUCGACAUUGAACAGCUACUUUGAGAGUCAGAACGACGACGACACUUUGCGGUGUGUGAAAUCGAUUGGAAAAUGA